GCUUAUCAUUCAUCUCGGGCUAACGGUGAGCUUAACGACAUGGUUGAACAUUAUGAGGGGCUGGUCCUUGGUCAGGAAAAGGAGAUUGACGCGUGGAAGAAAAAACUUUCUGCUCUUGAGGCUGAACUAAGCUCUUCUACCGGCUCCAAGCACGACCUGGAGGACAAAGUCGACAGUCUAACAUCCGAGCUGGCGAAGAUUAAGGGGGAGCUGCAGGAUCAGUACGACCAAAAUUUCAAACUCCAGGAUGAGCUUUCUGGUGUUCAGGGUAGGCUUCACGAAUCCGAAUCAACCGCCGAUACCCUGAAUAACCAACUCAUUGAGCUUAACGCGAAGUCGGCAUCGAAAGCCAGAAAGGAAGUUAAGAAGAGCGGGAUGGAGUUGAUCCAAGGGGCCAUCCGCUUCAUGCAGACCGAGAAGGCUAGGUCAGAUUUGGAAUCAGACAUCAAGGAGCACGAGAGCAACCUGAUUCUGUUGGAUCAAAUCCAUGAUACGGAUUUCUCCGAGGAGCAAGAAAGGACCGAACUGUCGGCUAAUCUUUCUGAAAAGCGGAGUCGCUUGGCAGCUCUUCCCACUUCGACCUUCAACCCGCAGGAUUUCGAGGAAUUCUUCACUGAAUCGCCUCCUAUAAGUGAAUCGGGUCUA